CAUCGCUGGGGCGUUUCCCUUUGACAACCUGGUUGGCACCACGAGAAUAUUGCCAGACUUGUGGGUGCCAUUGGACAUGGAACUCUAUGAGUUUAACAUGAAGGUCAAGGACGCUGAGAAGUUGACCCACGCGCUGGCCACGGUGGCCGAGAUGAGUCACGUGGUCGAGACAAGAAAAAGCGCGACCGGCAAAUACGUGGACACGGCUUGCACGGGUGGUCAGCCAAUCACAAGGGCUGUUUACGACAGGAUCCGAACCUUCAGUUCUAAGCUCUAUAUCAUGUUCUUUGGCUCCGAACCUUUGUGUGUGUCUGUCAAUGAAAUAAACGAUGGAGACGAUUUCGCACCAUUUGAUGCGGGAUUUCCCGUAGAAGGUGUUGAGAUCCGCAUCCUGGACGAGGAACUCCGAGAGGUCGGUGCCGGAGUGUCAGGAACCAUAGUCAUCAGGUCACCGACCCUUUUCACGCGCUACGUCGGAGAGCCGGACCGGACGGACGCCGUCUGGUGGAGGGACGGAUGGUUCAUAUCCGCGGAUGCUGGGUAUUUGAGCCCCGAGGGUCGUGUUUUUGUGUUUGGUCGAAGUGGUGACGUCAUUUCUAGAGGCAUUGUACUAACUUACCCAGCGUGGGUCGAGAAACCAAUCAGCUCUCACCCGGAAGUACUCGAGAUCAUGGCGGUUCCGGUCCCAGACGACAUCAACGUGGAGAACAUCUGCGCAUGCGUGGUCAAAAAACCCGGAAGUGAUCUGACGGAGACGGCCGUGAAGCAGCUGGUCAAGGACAGCAUGACGUCAGACGGCUCCUAUUACAUCACCGUCGAUCACGUGCUGUUCUUCGAUGAGGCCCUCCCCAAACUGUCCAGGAAAAAACUUGGCCAGCUGGCCGCUGUUCGACUUGGCUUGUUGGCAUUCUGAUUGUUGGCCAUCUGAUUGUUGGCCAUCUGAUUGUUGGCCAUCUGAUUGUUGGCCAUCUGAUUGUUGGCCAUCUGAUUGUUGGCCAUCUGAUUGUUGGCCAUCUGAUUGUUGGCCAUCUGAUUGUUGGCCAUCUGAAAUAUAAAAGAUCUGUAUCAAGGUUUACAUGAUCUGAAAUAUAAAAGAUCUGUAUCAAGGUUUACAUAAUCUGAAAUAUAAAAGAUCUGUAUCAAGGUUUACAUAAUCUGAAAUAUAUAA